UGCCCGUGUUCAAGCCUUUCCCUCUCAUUUGUGGUUUGCAAGAGAAGAAGCUGCAGCGCAGAUUCAGUGGGGAGAUCUGGGAUCAUGCGAGGUGCACGCUGACCGCAGGAAAUAUGUUGACACUGCCAUUCGAGGAAUCUCAUAUGAUGUGCGAGCCGCGGUUCGGUGCCAACUAUCCUCGUGAGAGCCCACCUGAGAGCCUGGAGCCGGAGCGACAGCACCACCCGGACAGGUCCAACUCAGUGAUGAGGGAGGCCGAGGACGACCUCUCCGACAGGGAGGAGGACGAGAGGGAGGACGACCAGGAUGAGAACGGGCUCCCCAAGAAGCGAGGCCCCCGGAAAAAGAAGGCUGGCAAGGAGAACGACAGGGCCAAACUGCGCCGACACGAAGCCAACGCCCGAGAGCGCAGCAGGAUGCACGGCUUGAACGCCGCGCUGGAGAGCCUGCGCAAAGUUGUGCCGUGCUACUCCAAAACUCAAAAACUGUCCAAGAUCGAGACCCUCAGGCUGGCAAAGAACUACAUCUGGGCCCUGUCAGAGACUCUGAGCGCGGGCAAGAGACCGGACCUCCUCGCCUUCGUACAGACUUUGUGCAAAGGAUUAUCUCAGCCCACGACCAACUUGGUGGCCGGCUGUUUGCAGCUGAACGCGAGGAAUUUCCUCACCGACCACAACGGGGAGGUCGUGUUCUCCGGCAGGCCGCCCUACGACGCCAUGUACCCGUACCCCGGCUCGGACGUGAACACGCCCCCUGGCCACAGCGGCGGCAGCCUGGACACCGGCGCCAAACCGUUCCGACACUACGGCUACAACGGCGCGUACGAGCCCUACUACGAGAGCCAGUCCCCGGAGGGCGGGAGCCCGCAUUUCGACGGCCAACUGAGCCCCCCGAUGAAUUUUAACGGGAUUUUCUCCCUAAAACAGGAUCCGCCAGACUACAGCAAAGGCAGCCCCUAUGGAGUGCGCUACUGCGGCGCGCCGGGGCGCACGGCUCUUGCGCACAACUCCAUGUACAGGGUCUCCCCAGAGGCCCGCUUCCCUUACGACCUGCACGCCCGAGGCCAGUCCUUCCAAGCACAAGGGGAAGUUAAUGGCUCCUUCCACAAUUAACCAAUCAGCUGGACAAAGUUCAAGUUUCAGAAGCAGAUGCAAUUCCCCCCGCCGCAGAUGUCGAGUGGAACGAAACGGACUCCAGACACACUGAUGCACCGCGAAAAGGACCAUUUUAACAAACCGCUUUGUUUGAAAUGUUCACUAAUAUUAUUGUUUUUAUUAUUAUAACGGUAAAUCAGAUAUGACGGUUUCAUAUCUGAUCAAGUUCUCAAUUAUUGUUCCAUUAAAUCUAGAGGCAGAAAAAAGAAACCACAAGAAGCUUAUUUUCGAAGCAAAAGAAGUGAAAUGUAUCUAAAUAAGAAGGGGGAUCUGAUUCGUUUUAAGGAAAAAUAGGAUUUAAUGUUCCACAUAUUUAAUUUCAGUGUAAAUCCACAACAUCUCACACGUAGAAUUGUUUUUUUAAAGAUGCAUUCUUUUUUGUUGUUGAGCGAACUGUUUACUGCUAUAGUGAAUUACUGUAUCUAUAUUUGUUUGUUCAUGGCAGCACUGCCGAUGACGGUACAACAUGAUUCUAGCCGAUACAGUGAGCGAUUAAUUUUCACUGAUUUCCGCGGCGAAAAAUAAAAUCAGUUCAAUUAAAAGAGCCGGGGGAAGAAUCCAAGAGAGGUUUCACUUCAUCGCUGAAGUUUUGCUGAGACACGAUUGGACUUCAGAGAUUCAGUCAGUUAGCAAUAAAGGUCAACAGAGCUAUGCAAGGCAGCUUAAUGCAAUCUUUGCUUAUAUUUAAGGAAAAAAAUGAUUUAUGUCUAUUUCCUCAAGGCGUUUCUCAUCAUCUAAUAUCUAAUUAAAAUGGUGACAAUUACACGAAAUUAAUUAUAAGAGACGUGCAUGUGUUCAGAGACCUGGUGAUGAGGUCAUCUGACGAAUUGGUCCUAUAAAUACAAGAAGUAAUGGGGAUGAAAAAAAAACAACUAAAAUAUUAAAUGCAUUUGUAUUUGGAGUCAAUAGUGUGGUAACGAGGUGAAUGUAAAAUGAUUUAUUGUAUUUAUUUAUUUAUGCUUAUUUAUGAUAAGUCCGUCAAUUUGAAUGUGGAUAAUAUAUUAUAAAAAAUGAUAUUGUACAGGUCAACAGUGAUACAUUUUAUGUGAAUUUCCAUACAUUCAAAGUUUGUUUGUGUUUCAUCGUUGUAUAUUUCUCACUACAUGCUGAAGCUCGAGCAUUGGAAGUAAAAAUCGUUUCUUUCUUUUUUCUCUCUGUGCGUGAGGUGAGCCACAUGUUUUCAAAAACUAUAUGAAUCCGAUUAACAUGCCUUAAAAAAAGGAGACGACGACCAUCAAUAUGCAACGAAAAUGAAAAUGAAAGUUUCGGAUAGUUUGAUGUGAACUUUUUUUACACUUCCUCGUUGCUGCUGAGGAGCAACUGUGAUGCACUCCAUGUAAUUUACUGCACAAUGUUGGUGACUGUACUCACAUAAAUCCUGUUGAUUUUGUAAAUUUA